AAUUUAGCAGAUAAUUUUGAUUGAGCUUGAAUGCAUUGCUAGUUUUCCUUGAAUUAUAUUGCAGAACCUAAGUAAUUAAUCUAAUUGAAGAGAUAUAAAAUCUUAUUUGUGGAAAUCAUUAAGGAUGCGAUUUGUUUUGACCAUCCAAGUUGAGAUAUAUCUGGUAUAUUAUUACAAAUUUUAAUAGAAUCACCACUAUAAUUGCAUUCAGAAAAGAGCUCUGCACAAUUAGGUUGACAAAUUUUCUCAUUAGCUUUAGGAAAGUAAAGGGCUGCUUAAUUAUAAAAAGCAUAAGCCACAGUUGUGUACCCUAAAUAUUAUACUAUUAUCAUACAGACGAAUAAAUUGUAAAUUAAGUUAGAAGUUAAACUUACAUCAGUUUUAUAACACCUUACAUUUGCGCCUUUAUCGAAUUUGUACCCUCUAUAAGCAAAUAUGGGAAGUCUACCUUCAACCAAGUAAUUUGAUGGUAUUACAAAAGUUGCUUGUCUACUACUGUGACCUAAAUUUCCAGCUAGUGAAGGAUUAAAAAUUUCAGCUUAAGCAGGAGAUGACCAUAAAGAAUCAUCUGUACCCAAAAGAAUAUUGAACUUUACGAAUUCGACUUGGGAAUCAGAAUAUGUGCUAACUGAGACAUCUACAGAAUAGGAUCUUAUUUAUAAAAUCUAAAUAUAGAGAUAAUUUACCUUGACUUCCACUAUUUGAUCAUCUUAUGUAUGUUUGGCACC